AUGAGUGAUCACCAUGUGGAUCAAGAGCUCAGUAGUAUAAGUGAUAAUGAACCUAAGAAAGCUAAACAAGGAUCUGGUAAGCGUCUAAAUGAUCGACAACGUGUUGAUAUUAUUCAAAUGGCAGAGAAUAGUAAGAUUUCCAAACGUCAACUAGCUGAUAAGUUUGGUGUCAGUGAGGCAGCUAUCCGUAAGCUCUUACUCAAGAAGGAUGAUUUUCUUCGACGGUAUUAUGAUACACCUGAGGAUAUUCGUGAUCAGAGACUUCGUGGGAAGAGUACACGUAUUAUAUCACAUGAAUUGGAUGAUUCUGGAGUCAUUGGUGGGUCAGUGUCACACGUGGGCUCCACAACGCCGAUGAUUCGGUCACCAAGAACAUCGACUGUGCACUCGUACAGUAAGACUUUGUACCCAUGUGAUGACCCAUGGAAGCUCGGAUUGCAUGCUAUGCUUGGUAAAGUCACACCGUUUCUCAAGAACUUUACACAAAGCCGAAAACAGCACACACACAUGUCGUCGAACGUGCUCGAUGUGACGCUAAGUACGUCGGAUGCUGCUACGGAGCAGUGUGGAGUGGAAAAUACGAUGACUGGGGAAGAAUCAGCAGACGGGGCUGUAGAUGAAACUAAAACGACAAGCACAGAGGAAGUGGAUUGGGUUGGUUUUUCUCGCAUGCUGCGCGAUAUUCGACGUGCAUUUCAUCGAUAUCCCGAGACGGGGUACCAGGAAGUUAGCACGCAAGCAUUUAUCAAACGAUUUUGUGAGCAAGUUUUGCAUAUUCCGGGCAAAAACAUUCGAGAAAUGGCGUAUACAGGGCUUGUGGUGGAUGUCUGCUACGAGAAUGCUACUAUUUCGACAUCAGACAAGCGUAAACUGCCAGUGAUCGCCUUUCGUGCAGAUAUGGAUGCUCUUCCGAUUGAAGAAAUGAACGACCACUUGCCAUACUGCUCGACUCAGAAAAAAGGACGAAAGGAGCUUGGUAAACGCAAGAAAAGAAAGAGCACAACGCAUCAAACUUCCGCAUCCAAACAAAAUGAAGAGGGAGAUGAACCAUUUCACUACCAGUCUGAGAUCGACGGUAUUACUACUACGUCAACUAGGACUUGUGGUGUGAGUCGUGAUGCUAGCAUGGACGCUGCAACAGUGACCAACCAGCUACCUGCUCCAUCGACUAUUACAACCACGACGAUCGGUGCACCUCCCGCUCCAACCGCUGGUGGCGACGACGAUGAGGAGUUUCAAAUCUCUACGGCUGCAGCACAUAUGUGCGGCCAUGAUGGUCACAUGGCAAUGGUGCUGGGUCUGUGCGCAAUGGUGGUGCGCAGUGCGCACUUGCUUCCUCAGGACACCUUCGUGCGCUUCUUGUUCCAGCCUGCCGAAGAAGGUCCCGGUGGAGCCACGAAGAUGAUUGAGGAUGGGGCACUGACGGACGUGGACGAGAUUUACGGGCUUCAUAAUGCACCUUUCCCGCUUUACAGUGUCCACGUUCGUCCUGGGGCUGUUAUGGCGCAUGAAGUAGAGUUCUCUAUCGAUAUUCAUGGCAUUGGAGGACACGGUUCUGCACCACAACAAUGUGUGGAUCCGAUUCUUGUAGGUUCCGCUGUAGUAUUGGCUCUCCAGUCCGUUGUGAGUCGGUCAUUGUCUCCCAUGGAUACUGCUGUCGUAUCCGUGACUCAAUUCCGCGGUGGUGAUACAAACAACGUGAUUCCAUCUCGAGCGUAUCUUGCUGGAACCAUUCGUGACUUUGAUCUACAAACUGCUGAAAAAAUCCAAGACCGCGUUGCUACACUGGUGCAUUCAACAUGUGCCGCUUAUGGUGCUACAGCCAAUGUGCAUUUUCUGGAUGGAUAUGCUCCUGUGAUUAACCCGCACGUUGAGACACGUCAAGUGCAGCAGGUAGCUAUGGACAUGGGGUUAUACGUGAGUGAAGAAGGUUUGCCGCUCAUGGCUGCAGAAGACUUUUCGUAUUUUUUGCAGGAGCGCAAAGGUUGUUAUUUCUUUCUUGGCACGAAAGAAGAUGGAGAUUUGGAUAAAAUGCGUGCGCUACAUUCGAAUCAGUACGACUUUAAUGACAAGGCCAUUCCGCUUGGUAUUCGUUUGUUCAUGGGUAUAUUACAGGCUCGUUUCAAGUGUGAGUUAUACAGUGUUGAAGAGAUGCAGUCUUUUCAGGUCGCUAUGGAGCGCAUUAUGAUCAAUGUCACCGUUGUGUAA